CUGUUUCUCCUCGUAUUGCGCGCUCGCGGUCGUUUUUCGCGAAUUUUUAUUGGUAAUAGCAAUAAUUUAUAAAUUUUUUGUGUUUAUUGUGCGUAUUUUAAAGGAUCUUACUAUUUUUUCAAUCAUUGCUUUGAGAGCAGACAACAAGAAGUAUAUAAAAAAUCACACUCAUUUUACUGGAAAGAGAGAAAGAUAUUUGAAAUGUCCGCUGAAGCUGAAGCUAUUGUAACAGCGGGAGCUGCCGAUGCAUCUGAUGAACCUAUUAAGAAAAGCGUAGAUCCUGUUGCUGCUACUCCGGACACCACACCUGAUAAUGGUGUCUUGGAGACAGAAGGAACCGGCAAUUCCGAACAAGACAGAGCCGAGAAAAUUCUGAAAGCUAAGGAGCUAUUCAGUCAAGGAUCUCGUAACUUUCUCGUGAAAAGCUAUGAUGAGGCGGCCGAUGAGUUGAGCCAGGUGUGCCAGAUAUACGAGGAGGUCUACGGCGAGUUGGCUAACGAAUUGGGACAACCGCUUUUGUUAUAUGCCAAGUCGUUAAUUGCCAUGGCUCUCGAUGAGAACAAAGUGAUUGAUGUGCCUGAUGAGGCGGGCAAUGAGGAUGACGAUGAUGAGGAUAUGGAUGAUGCCGACGACGAGGAAAAAUCGGAGGAGUCCAAGUCAAAUGGAGCCGCAAGCACAAAUGACAAGAAAAAGUUGGAGAGCAUCAAAGAGGGAUCGGGUUCAGAUGAAGCUGAUUCCACAGGAGAUGCCGAGCUACCCAAAUCAGAAACUGCUACCAAGAAGCCACCAACCGGAGUCGAUGAAGUGAGCAGCAGCAAUGGAGGACCAUCUAGCAAUGAUGACGAGCGUCCAAGCACUUCGAAUGGUGAGGCAGCGGCUAGCACCAGUAACGGUGCCGCUACACCCAACUUGGAUAUAGAAGAUGAACAGAUGGAGGAUGAGGCCGAGGCUGAGGAGGGUGUCAGCGGAAGUCUUCAAUUGGCAUGGGAAAUAUUGGAGGCGGCAGCCAAAAUCUUUUCUCGUCAAGGGCUCAGUGGUCUUAGCUAUUUGGCUGAAGUCCAAACGGAAUUGGCUAAUAUUGAGUUUGAGAAUGGCAUCUUAGAUGCGGCACGGGAGGAUUAUGAGAAAGCGUUGAAAAUUCACGCCGAAUUGCCCACUCAGAAUCGUCGUGCCCUAGCCGAAUUGCAUUACAAAAUUGGCUUAACCUAUCUUAUGCAGCAGCUGAAUAAGGAAGGUGCCACUGCCUUGCGUAAUUCUAGUGCCCUGAUCGAAGAGGAAAUUGGGGAAAUAAAGAGCAAAGAGGAACCCACUGAACGUGAAAAGAAUAAUAUGCUCGAUUUGGAAGAAACGAAGCAAGAGAUACUUGCCAAGAUUCAAGAGAUCGAAGAGAUGCAAGCACAGACUAUCGCUGAAGUACGUGCCGCUUUGGAUAGCUACAUAAAGCCCAUGAGUAGCGGCAAUGGUGAGGCAGCUGCAACUUCUUCUACGUCCUCGUCUACCAAUGGAGCAUCAAGUUCGUUUUCUUCGUCGUCGGGUGCAGCAGCAGCAGCGACAAGUGCUGCUUCAUCGUCGGCCAUUAGCAGCAGCUCGACCAAGCCCACAGAUAUAACGCAUCUGAUCAAACGCAAGAAGCCCGAAGAGCCCAGCUCAGAGGCGGAAGCCUUGUGCUCUCCGGCCAAGCGGCCAGCGGUUUAGAGAAAACAAACAUUCCAGUUAAACACUCACACACACACAUAUAUCGGAUACUUAAAUUCACACACAUACAAACAACACACACACAACAUUUCUAUCCAAUUAUUUAUGCUAUUUCUGUUUUUUGCUAUUUUCUACAACAAUCUCUAUAAGUCUGUAAGAUCACAAUCACAAUUUAGUGCUAAGUGCGUAUCAUAAAAAAAUGAGAAAUGUUUUCAUAUUAAAAAAGAAGAUAAAAAAAGAAAAGUAAGGAGGAAUUAUAACCGGAAGAAAGCGUUAAACAAUAAACGUACGGGAAUUGCCUCAAAAA